CAAACCGAACGAGCCGAAAACUGCUCUCAACUUGAAGAACGAGUUGAUAAAUUAAAGAAAACAUAUUUACGGCAUAAGAGAGAAUUUUCCGGUUCCACAGCAAAAAGAGCGGCGGCCAAGGUUUUAGGAAAUAUCAUUAAGAAAGCUAUUGUUCUUGCCGAAGAAGCCACUAAGGAGGAAAAACAAGACUACAACGACUUUGUUGAUGAGAUUAUUGAAAGGCUCGGUUUGAAAGAAAAUGAAGAGUUUGAAGAGAGUAAAGAAAGUUUUCUUAACGACGAAAACUUGAAUAACUUCGGUCGCCGAAUGGGAAUUUUAACUUCGGAAGCCAAAAAAGUUAUUGCGACCGAAAUAAUGCAAACGGAAACUGACCCAGACCGUUUGCGGGUCGGCGGUUACUGGGACCAAGAAUUAGCCAAAAUUCUUGACCAGUCAACCCGCGACCAUUUACAAAACCUUCGUCAAAAUAAAUUGCAAGAGUUAACGGGCGAGGGCCAGGAAGUCGCCGGCUGA